GUUUAAAAUUCAUAAAUGUUGAUAAUGCAAGGAACAUGGUACAAAAUAUCUAAAUUUCAUUUCUGCAAAUCUCUUGUCGUUAGCUCAUCUUUUCCACAUCUAACUUACAUUUAAUGAUGGAUUCGUAUUUAAAUUUUACAUUUUCAACAAGAGUAACAAUAAAAAAAAACACCAAUCCAUAUAAUAGACCAGACGAAACUCAAAAAGUCAGAAGAGAAGAGAGACAUCUUCACAUGGCCGAAUGAAACACAUAUCCAAACGCCAAGGACAAAGAAGAAUUCAUCACUUUCUUCCAUUUCUUCUCUGCAACUUCCGUACCAAAAAAUACAUAAAGCCCUAACUAAUAUUAUUUCUCCACCAAGUUUCUUUAUCUUUUAGUUUCCCGGUAAAAAAUCUCUCUGUCAUGUCUUAUGUUCUUCCACGUCGUUCCUAAUCUCCCAAGACAGAAUCUCUAAACUUCAUUUUGCUCCUUUUCCACACAAAACUUUCUCUCCCUCCAAAGACCACAAAAAAUGUUCUUCCUUCCUUCAACUUCAAGUAUCUCUCUUUAUUCACACGUAUAGCAUCCAAAACCAAAAAUCUAUAACCUUUUCCUCUGUAAAGUUUCUUCCUUUCUAACCUUCCCGAGAAAAAAACAAACCCUUUCUGUUAGAAAACCAUGAGAGGUCUCGCGGCUUGUUACAGUGAACACGCCAUUAAAGUAUCAGAUACAUAUUGUUCAGGUCCAUCGAAUCAUUCCUAUAUAUCUCCGACAUUACCUCCUUCAAUCCCCGACACAGUAACCACCACUUAUAGAUCCAAUCUCCCAUCUUCCGACAAACCCGUCUCUGUUUCACUCACCUGGUCGGAUAAUCUCACCGUCGUCAUCUCAACGCCGCCGAAAUCAUACUCUGUUUCACUCAGAAAACCUAAAGGAUCAAGAAAGUUGACUUCUUCCUCCGGUUCACUCAACGCCGAGAUCCUCUGGGAUCUAUCGGAAGCAGAGUACGAAAACAACGGACCUGAACCAAUAAGAAGAUUCUUCGUCGUCGUCGUUGUAAAUUCCGAGAUUACCCUCGGAGUCGGCGACGUUGACCACGAGCGAGACACGUCAUCAUCGUCGUCGUGGCGAGUCUCAAAAACGGAGAGAUUCUCUGGAACUUGUUGGCUCACGACGAAAGCUCAAUUCUCCGACGUCGGAAGGAAACACGAGAUACAGAUUCAAUGCGGCGGAGGAGGAGGAGGAGGAGGAGAGGAAGGGUAUUUAUGGAAAGUGAAAAGUCCUGAAACGAUGUCGGUUUAUGUUGAUAAGAGGAAAGUGUUUUCGGUGAAGAAGCUUAAGUGGAACUUUAGAGGGAAUCAAACCAUGUUUUUCGAUGGAAUGCUUAUAGACAUGAUGUGGGAUUUACACGACUGGUUCUACAAAGAAACGUUGUCGUCUGUUUCGACUAGUUCAUCGUCUAAAACGGCGUCGUCGUCAUCGUCUUCUUCAACUUCAUCGUCUACUCCUCCGUGUGCUGUGUUUAUGUUUAGGAGGAGGAGUGGUUUGGAUAGUAGAUUAUGGAUUGAUGAAGAUGAACAAGAGAGUGAGAUGAAGAAGAAUAUUGGUUCUAGAGAUGAGAAACAUUCGUUUUCACUUAUCAUUUGUGCCUCUAAAAAGUGACCAAAUAAACAAAUAAACAUUUUAACAUAACUCUUCGUUGUCUGAAAUUUUAAUUUUAAGAAUAUUUUGUGUUGCAUUUAGGUAUAUCUGAUAGGUUGAUUAGAUCAAAUGUUUUUGUGUUUUUUCUCUGCCAAAUGUUCGUGAGAAUGCAAGAGAUAUUCAAAUUGUGUUCAUCAAAACUAAAAUUUAUAUUCAAAACCGUGGAUGGCAAACUAUGCAUAAGAUAAAAUGUACAUAAUUUUUGUUAUCUUCUAAAAUAAAUGUACCUAAUUUAAUAGCCUAAUAAUAUCUUCUAAAGUUAUUAACUUUUGUUUAUGA